AUGUUGUUUACUAUUUUCUUUAGGAUGAAGUGUUUUAGGUGGCUUACUGUUAUGGUUUUAUUUGAACUCUCUUUGUUAGUUUUAUGUGUAUGUGUUGCUGCUGAUUUUAAAGAGAUCAAUAUACUGAAUUUAUUUUAUUCUACAGGAGGUCCUGAACAUUCUCACAUCACUUCAAUAAAUGCUGGUUUAAAUGCUGCUCUCGCAUCAGAUAAAUUUGAUGUAGCAAAUGGUUUUAAAAUAAAACUGCUCUCUAUUGAGAAAAAUGACUGGUCCUCUAAUUUUAGUGAUGUCAUUGAGAAA